AUGAGGAUAUGUAAAAGAAUUGACCCUGUGAUUGAUAUUGUUAUUGUAGGAUUUGGGAUGAGUAGUAAAAGUUUUGUGGACAUAUUUUUAUCGAAAAAUGAAUUAAAAGGUGUAAAUAUAACAAUAAUAAGUAAGAAUACUUUUGUAUUUUUAGAUAAAUAUGUACAAUGUAUUGAAUUAUGUAAGGAUACUUAUAUUGAUAUAUAUAAAUAUUGUAAAGAGAGGAAUAUUCUUUUUAUUAACGAAGAAGUUGAAAGCAUUGAUUCUGAUAAGAAAAUUAUAAAAUUUAGUUCUGAUAGAAAUCAUUUAUGUUAUGAUUAUUUAUUAUGUGAUUUUGAUUAUAAGAGUUCCUAUUUAAUGAAUAAUAAUGAUUUAAGUCAUAUGAAUAUAUAUACAUAUAAGGAUAAGAAUUUAUUUUUUUAUUAUACACAUAUAAUAUAUUUAUCUUUAAUAAAAUCACAAAAUAAUAAAAUAACUGAUAAAAAGGAAUAUAUGAAAUGGAAAACAUUUUUUUUUAAAAAUAUACCUUUAGAAAAAUUUUAUAAUUUUUGUUCAUAUAAUGAUAAAUAUGUGGAAAAUAUUAUAGACAUUUAUAAUUUUUUUGAUAUUCUAUUAAAUAAUAAUAUACCAUAUUAUGAUUUUAAAAUAGUUCAGGAAAAAGUCAAAAUAUUAAAUGUUUUGAAGAAUAAAAAUCCUUUAAUUAAAGAAAUUGUAAAAAAUGAAAAUUAUAAUUUUCAUUUCUCUAAUAAUGAGGAAAAGGAUGAAACAAAGCAAACAAAUAAUUCUAGUGAUAAUAUAUUCCAGUUUUUAAUAUUAUGUGAUGAAAAUAAUUAUAAUUUUGGAAAAAAUUUAUACUAUGAAAUUUUUGAAAAUUUACAUAAAAUAUCUAUAUCGGUUAAGAUAAUAUAUGUACAUAUAAUAAAUGAAGAAAAAUGUAAUAAAAAGGAAAAUAUAAAUGAUACGAUAAGUAAUAAUAAUAUUAAAAAUAAUAUUAAAAAUAAUAUUUAUAAUAAUAAUAUGAAGUGCUCAAAGUUUUGUUCAUAUUUUGUUCAGGUUCGUGAAAUAAAACAAGUAAAAAAAAGCGAAGAUAAACUUUUUAUAGAAUAUAUAGAUAUGAAUAAUAAAUUAAGUACCAUUUUUUUUGAUGAAUGUAUAAAUAUAACUAAUUUAAAAUAUCCAUCAUAUAUUUAUAAAUCUGGUUAUGAUAUUGAUAAUAAUAAAAAUAUUAAUAAUUUUUGUCAAUAUUAUAAAGAUGAAUCAUUAUAUUUUCCAAAUCAAAUAACAAAUUAUGAUACUUAUACCAUAUGUCAAAAUGUGUAUAUUAAUAUUUAUAAUAAUAUACAUAAAAAAAAAUAUAUUAGUAUUGAUAAUGUAAAAGAUCAUAUCUAUAUAUAUAAUUGGAAACAAAAACAUAUAACUAUUGAACAUUUUUCAAUUAAUCACAUAUAUGAAUUAUUAAUAAAUAUUUAUAACAAAAUCAUUAAAAUAAUCAAAUUUAAUUUAAUUUAUAUAUAUAAACAUCCUCUUACACAAAAUAAAGUGAAACCCUUUUUAAUGAAUAAAAAAUAUCUUAUAGAUAAUUAUUUAAAUGAAAAAAAAAAAAAAAUAAAAACAAUAGAAAAAAAAAAUAAAUCUUCUUCUAUUGAUUUGUUCAUAAAUUUAAUUAUGUACAUAUAUAACCAAUUUUUAUAUUAUAUAGCCCAUUUUGAAAAUAUAUUUGUCCACACCAAACAAGAAGAACAUAAUCUUAAUACAAAUAAUAAUAGUAAAAUGAAAACUAACUGUAAUGUCAAAAAUAUAAAGAACACUAAUCAGAACACAGAAUUAUUACCUGCAUAUAUGUAUGACGAAUAUAAAAAAGAGUACGAAAACAGAUUGAUAAUUAAAAAGAAAACUUCUUAUAAACUCGUACAACAUAAUAAUAAUAAUAAUAGUAUCGAAUUAAAUGAAGAUAAUAAUAAAAAUGAUUAUGUCAAGGGAACAGAUGAUACAUUUGUUAUUGUAGAAUGUAAUAAUUUUGGAAAGGAAGCUAUGCUUGAUACAUCAGAUAACAAAAAAGUACAAUCUUAUAUAAAAGAAAGUAUCGACAAAAUAAUUAAUAGAAAUACAUGUGGAGGAUGUGGUUCAAAAGUUCCAUCUAAUGUAUUAUCUAAUUCUUUAAAAUCAUUAGAUAUUUUUAAUUCUCCAAAUGUUUAUUUAGGAGUUGAAGGAAGUGAUGAUUGUUGUAUAUUUGUUCAUAGUAAAUCCAAAAACACUGAACAAAGUCCUGCUCUUGUCCAGACAAUCGAUUUUUUUAAAUCAUUUAUUGAUGAUGAAUAUAUAUUAGGAUCAAUAAUAGCUAUUCAUUCAUUGUCUGAUAUAUAUAGUAUGGGGGGCACAGGGAUAUGUGCAUUGUGUGUUCUUAUAGUAAAGGAUAAUAUUGAAAGAAAAUUACAACAAAGAUUAGAAAAUGUUCUAACCGGAUGUUGUCAAAAAUUAAAGGAAGAGAGAUGUGUGUUAAGUGGAGGACACACUUGUGCAGGUAAUGAAAACUACGUGGGUUUGGCUGUUACCGGAAAGAUAAAAAAAAGAAAAGAAAAAAAAAGCCAACAAAAAAAUGGUAACAAAAAUAUCAUGAAAUUUGAACAAGAUAAAAAUGAAAAUGAAGGUAAUUCACAUAUAGAACAAUUAAUUAAUCAGAAUAAUAUAAAUAAUAUAAAUAAUGUUCAAUUUGAAGAAGAUGAACAUAAAAUAAAUAAAGAAACUAAUUCAUAUUUUGAAAAACACCAAAUGUUAAAGGAAAAUUACCUUUUCUUACCCAAAGGUAAUGGAGAUAUAAAAAAUGGAGAUGUCAUUAUUACAACAAAAAUGUUUGGUUUCGGAUUUAUUAUGGCAGCACAUAUUAUCAAAAAAGCAAAAGCUAGAUGGAUAUAUAGUUGCCUUGAUGAAAUGUUAAUAUCUAAUAGAAAAAGUGGUUUAUAUUUUCUUCAAAAUAAUGCCAAGGCAUGUACAGAUGUUACAGGGUUUGGUAUAUUAGGACAUUUAAAUGAAAUGUUGAAAUGUUCAAGAAAAGAAAUUUAUUUACAUCAUAAAAAAACAAAUUAUAAACACAAUGAUAAUUUGGAUCAAACUACAAAAGAUGGUUAUAGUAAAAAUCAAGAUAAACAAAUAAAACAAAAGAAAAUUUUUAAUAGGUGUGAUCAAAAUAAUAACAAACUUAAUAUGUUGGGUGCAAAAAUUAAACUUAAUAAUAUUAUUAUAGCAGAAGGGGUACAAGAAUGUAUUGAAAAUAAUAUAUAUUCAUCCAUGUAUAAAAAAAAUCAUUAUUUAUGUAAUAAUAUAAUAAAUCUAGAUGAAGCACAAUUAUAUAGCAAAUAUGGAAUUCUUUUUGACCCUCAAACAAGUGGAGGAUUAAUGGCUAUAGUUCAGAGGGAAAAGGCUACUCAAAUAUUGUCUGAUUUGAAAAAUAUGGGAUAUCCUAAUUCUUCAAUUAUAGGUGAAAUAAUAAAUGUUCAAUAUGAAAAAUUUAAUAAUAAAUCUAUACAAGAUAUAUCAUUAUCUGAUUAUUUGGAUACAACCGAUUCUAUAUAUGUAGAAUUGUAA